AUGUCAAGUUCUGAGAUGUCACGAAAAGAAACUGGAUGUGAUUUUAAAGACAUCAAGCCAAUUAAAGCAUUCGAAUACCCUAAUCAAGCAUCAAAAAUUAUAUGGAGCGUCGAUUCCAAUAAUAUUUUACAAACAUCUUCACAAAUUAUCGAAUUAAUUACAAAUAACAAAAUAUCUACCCAAAUGGCGCUUUAUUUGAUUGAUAUUAUUUCACAAAUUCGUGUUAAAGAAAUUAAAUUAUUUUCAGAACUUUACCAAAAGAUAUCAAACGAAUUCUCAUGCAACACCCUGCCGAAUAAUUCGAAUUUGGCAGCAUCAUUAUAUUAUAAAGGCCUCAAAUUCGAAGGUUACAAACCUAAAAUGAAAGAAGAAGAAAUUCUCAAUAUAUAUUCAACAGAAUCUCCUUUAUACUAUAUUGCAUGGGACAAAGUUGAUGAUCUUAAGAGUAAAUUCCCAAAGCUUGAUAUUAUUAAGAAAAUAAAUCUUAAAAUCACAGCGCUUAACUGUUCAAUUAAAUAUGGAUCAGAAUUGUGUUUCAAUUACUUAAAAAAUUUAGGAGCUAAAUACACCGAUGAAUCCGAAAAAUAUGCUGUUCAAGGCGGAAAUCAAAACAUUUUUAUGCAAAUGAUAGAAGAUGGUAAAUCAUUUGAUGACAUGAUUAAUAGAGCAUUGAAUUAUCGAAACUAUGAAAUUGCUGAGUACCUUAAAUCAAAUUUCGGACAAGCUCCUUAUUCAACAGCAGAAAGUAUGUAUUUCGGAAAUUAUGAUAUUGGAUCUUAUUUACUUUCUAAUGGAGAAGAUAUCAACAAAAUUUAUAUUCUCUUUAUUUUCAUAUUUAUUAUUGUUUGA